AUCCUGCUGACUCGUUCAAAAAAUAGAGCUGGAGAAAUGUUUUAUCACCGUUAGAUAAGAGCUCAACUUCUUGCAGUGUUCUAAAUGCCAGACUCAUUUCCUCUAAAACAUGAAGUGUGUCGUGUUCUUUUGCUGCUUAGCAGUAGCAACAGCUUUUGCGCUGCGACCGCUUUUAACUGCUUUGUUGGAAAAAGAGGUGAGUUUUGUAAUGAACAGAACAAUGAUUGAACUAUUAGAAAAACGCCUCCUUAAAGGUAUUCCCAGUAAGAGGACUGCUGAAUAUAAGAACCUACCCGAAAAAGUAUACCAGUGGAAGUAUGUGCUGGAUCGGGAAAACAAAACAUUUCCAAUUGUGACAUCAGACGACUUUAGAAUAAUAUUAGAAAGUCUUAAGAAUCGAACAACGUUUCCUAAAACAUUUUUGGACUUUGGAACAUGUAUGAGAGAAAUAUAUCAAGAAUUAUGUGAAGACAUGCAGAGUCGCAUGUUUGCGCUCUUCAGGGGCUUGCCGUAUGAUUUCUCUGUUCCAGUGAAAAAAUCCUGCUCACCAGUAGUGAGCAUAAUUGAUGAUAUUUUCGCCAUAGAAAAUGUGCAAUUGUUUAAACGUAAAGUUUCUGUAUAAUAUAGCUUUUUUGGGUAAAUUAAUACAAAAAAUUGAGUAACAUAUCUAAAUACUAACAUUGACAUUUAUUACUUUAUUUUCAUUGGUUAACUGUAAGUAAACCUAUAAUUCUCAACCUUUGUGAAAGUCUAUACUUUGUUACGGUUGCGAAAUUGUCAGUCCAAAUAAAACCAUAUUAAUACUACUA